GGAGAUCAAGGAGAGACCGUACCACAACCAAAUCAGCCAACAAACCAAUAUCCUUCUUUCUUUCAUAUCUAUGGCACCAAGCGUCGCGGUUCAAACCCACCGGUCUGCGGCGGCGAAGACGGUGGCGGAGGAGGAGGUGUUGAGAAGAAGAAACGAGGAACUAGAGAGAGAAUUGAAAAGGAGUCUAGAGAGAGAAGAGAAGAUGAAGAUGGAGUUGCAGAAGACGUGGGAGCGGCUGCGCGUGGCGGAGGACGCGGAGGAGCGCCUGUGCUCGCAGCUGGGAGAGCUUGAAGCUGAGGCCGUGGAUCAGGCGCGUGCUUACAGAGAGCGUCUGGUUAUGUUGAUGGAACAGCUUUCGGUUGCUCAGAAGAUAAUCGAAUCAGCUUCUGUUCAGACAUGAUGAAUGUACUUUUCGUAAAUUGAUACUGAGAUUGUAAAAAUAUAUAGAUUGAUUUGACCAAAGGGUUUAAAAUUAGAUUGAUUUGCAGAAUUGAAUUUUGUUUUUGUCUCUUAUGGAUAUAAAAGUUUGGGUUUUGAUUCA